UCUCUCUCCCACCAUUUCUCCACGUCUCCUUUACCGAACUCGGCCACAGCAGUAUUCCUGCAGCUACUUCCUGCCGCCGCGAUCCUCUCACCAUCAGGAUUGCUAUGGGCCGGUAAUGGAGAUCCUGGUGCAGCCGCCUCAGCAGCACGGCCUUGUGCUGCUGGUACGUGCUUGGGGACAGUGACGUAGAGGAUCUCGCCGUCGAACUUGCCGGUGAUCCUAUCGGUGUCGGAGAUCCCAUCGGGCAGUUGAUAGGUUUGGUGGAAGUAGACGUACUUGUUGUGGUUCAAUAGCCGCUCUCCAGCCACCGUUAUCUGCUUCCCUCCGCUGUCCACUUGAAGGCUCACCUCCUCCUUUCUAAACCCUACGGCCAGGACAAAAUAUAAAAUGUCACAACCAGGUUUGAACGGCUAACCUCUUUGGAAUCAAAUGCUCUAGCGGUGAGCUAUAAAGACAUUAUUACUGAUGAUUAUUUUACGGUAACUAGGUUUAAUCAAUGCCCCUUUUGUUGUGUUAUAAAAAAUAGGUACGAGAAACUAAAUUUGUCAAUUAGAACUAGUGAUGCCAACCGGGCGGGGCGGGACGGGGCGGGUAACUCAAUACCCAUGCCCCGUCCCACGCUACUAGGGGACGGGCGGGUAAAAUUCGUGCAGGUACGGAGCGGGGUGGGUCGACCAACUCUCACAUGUUAUUUCUAAAAAACACACGCAGAUUUUACUUUUUAUGAUAAAACGAAGGGAAAAACACUUUAUGAAUGAAAAAUAGUUACAAUAGAAUGAGGAAUUGAGUCAAACCAGUUGAAAUAUUGACUCUAACUAGUUGGAGAAAAGUCAAAAUAGGAGAAACAUGUGUAGAUAUUGUAAGAAAUUGAGUUAGAAUGGACCAAUAACGGGCGGAGCAGGACAGGGCGGUCUAAAGUAGAUACACAUACCCCUCCCCAUGCUAGUAUGGGUCGGGUAAUACCUGCCCCAUCGCGGGUCAGGUCGGAUAAUGCCCGCGAGGCGGAUUCAAAUUGCCACAACUUUCAUAAUUUGGUGAGUCCAUUACUUGAACGUUAUUUUUUUUUAAAACCGAUACACAAAUCCUUAUUUUUAGUCAUCGUAGCAUAUGGACAUUUUAUUUGUGACAUGUCUUUAACCAGGGUUAAAUGUAUCAUGUCAUAUGCCAUACGUAAAUGAUGACAUAUUAAACAUUUGCGAUUCAUGAAUUUUUUUUUUCUCCUUAACUUGUUCUCGCACAUGGGCAUAAUUGGUUCUUCCUUUUAUUUAUUUUUCGAACUUUUUUACGAGUUACAAAUUCUUAAUAUAUAGUGUAUGACGCAUUGAUAUGAGAUGUGACUCUUGUAAUUAAUGCCAACUAUAUAUAGUUGGAAUUACCAUGAAAUAAGAAGUCUUACGAAUUCACACAUGAUAUAUCUGAAAACAAUAUUCAUAUAUCGAAAUAACCUAAUCAGUAAAAGUUCAAGGAAAACAAAAACAUCAUUGUUUACGUACCAGGAAGAUCUAUAAGGAGAUAGUGUGAGUGAUUGUCGUCGUCCCAAGCCGAGGAAGGGACGAACUCCUCUACCAAAUGAUCACGCGAACGAGCUCGCUGCGGCAUCACCCCUCUUAUUCCCCCCGCUGCAAGGUCAUCAACGGUUGCCAUUGUAUGUGUCAUAUCCGGCCCAAGAGAUUAACAUACAUCAUUAAAUAGAGAUGUUGCAGAUAUCUCUUUCUUUGUGAUUGUGCUAAUUGGAGGCGUGUCGGGGAACAAAUUAAAUGAGAGAAAAAAGGCACGCGAUACCUUGAUUUUGCUUGAGUCCAAAGGCACCUCGAUCUGUUAGGAUAGAGAAUAUUUUUUCAAUGACAAAAUUUACUUCAUUUCCUUCCAAACGAUCAGGUGAAAAAUAACUAAAAAUAACAUUGUAAUCCGAUCGUGUGAGAGAUAGCUAAGUUGUACACAUUGUGAACAACCCAAUCCAUAAUCCUGCUGUAUUUUCCCAAAAUGCUGGUCAUGCUUGAGAAGUGGGCAUAGCAGCACCACUUCAUAUAAUUAGGAGUUGGGUCACUUCUCAUUCUCUGAGGCCUCAACCAAAGGCUUGCAAUCGGAUAAGAUGAUUGUCAGGAAAGUAUCAAUGGUUGUCAGUUUGACUCGUCUCAUAAAAUUGUUAAAAACCAUUUGAUUCCAAUAACCCGAGUUGUUGGUAGAUUAUUCAAUUAUGAAUCUUGUAUCAUUCACUUUUCAUUUUAGUUCAUGAAUAAAGGUUGGAGCGCCUUCUAAUCAGUGGCGGACCCAGGAUUGUCGGAGAGGUGUGUCGCCGAUAAAAUCCAAUAAUAAUUAAAUUAAAUGAAAUUAAACAAAAAAAUUAAGUAGAAAUUAAAAGAAAUUAAUUCAUAAAGUUCACAAUGUCAUAUUUAUAACGAACCGCGACGACUUUUCAUCUAUUGAAAUGUCUCUAAAAUACAUUCAUCACUUAUGCUACAAAGCAAAUCUUUUUCAAUAUACACACCUAAACAAUCAUUCAUAAAUUGGUCACUCAACCGAUUUCGAAGAUCGUUCUUGAUUAUCUUCAUGGCUGAAAAUGCUCUUUCGCAGCUUGUAGCUGCAACAGGUAAAGUCAACACCAACUUCAAAAGCAAGUAAACUAAAGGAUAAAUAGUGUCCGCCUGGGCUAUUGGCCAUUUGGCCUGUGGUUUUUUUUUUCUCUUUUAAUUAUAGGCCCAGACCCAACACACAUCACACAUAUAUAUUGUAUGGGCUGAGAGUCUUUUUUUUAAUAGGAAGUGAUAGGAUUAUGAUUUAUGAGUUAUUUUAAACAAAAUUAAAAUGGAUUAUGAUGAAGAUUGAUUCAUUUGGAUAAUAAAUUCUUCGACUAUAAUGAAGGUGUGUCGGCUAUAAUUAUUGAAGGUAUGCAGGCUAUUCCGAAGUAAAAAAUUUUGUACAAAAAAUAUAUAGAUUCUUCGCAAAAUUCUCGAGCGAGAGUGUGUCGGACGAUACACCCUUACUAGCCUUAGGUCCGCCACUGCUUCUAAGCGCUCCGUUUCUCACAGAAAAAAAAAUGUAUUAUUGUUGAUCAAUAGAAAACAGGUUAUCUUUGCAUAUUUGUUAUUCAACUUAGUAGUUUCGUAGAUAAUUGGGAUUGUUCUUCCCAUUAGGGAGAGUCUCUACUCGAGAGUGUCGAGCACUUACCCAAAGUCCCUACCAUUAUAAUGUUUGGCUUACGUAAAGGUAAGGUAAAUGCCUCUGCUACUCUCCCUUCCCUUUGGGCUUUGUCUGCGUGGAUCCUAGAAACUUCUGUUGUCAGUAGGUUAAAUUAGUACGUUAUCGGUAUUCAUGUACCAAAUACCAAAAUCUCGAAUACAAAUAAUAUCUUCGCUACUCUUCAUUUGGGCUUCGCCGCUGUUGAUCCUUAAAACUGUUGUUGUCGAUAGGGUUGAAAUUAGUACAGUAUCGAUAUCCCAAUACCAAAUAAUAAAAUCUCGAAUAAAAAUAAUUCCCUAAAAUAAUGCCCUAAAAUAAAUCUCGAAUACAAAUAAUGCCCUAAAAUAAAUCUCAACCCCGAUCCCAAAAUAAAUUUGGUAUUUAAUCCCAAAGUCAAAAUAUUUUGGUACGGUAUCGGUAUUGUAUUCCUAAAUACCAAAUAAUUACUUCCGCACUUAAUUAAUAAUUAAAUAUUUACAUAGUAAAUAAUGAUUCGAACACCUCUAAACUUGUACAGUUUUAUAAGACAUAGGCUUGUAGGUUUAAUUUCAUGAUUGAAAACCUUGGCGAUGGGAAGUUUAGGUGGAAAAAGUCUAAUAAAAACUAAUCAAUGCAUUCUAUCAAAUCUCAAUCGAAUGGAUUUAUUAUAGGUGCUCAUUAGGUGCUACAAGACUAAGUAAAUAUUUUUUAGUUUUCUUAACUUAAGGCAAUGAGAAAAAGAAGGAAAAUGAUGAUAUCUCAAUUUCUUGCUCAUGUAUUGAGUUUGCUUAACAUAAGGCAAAGAAAAAUGAAGGGAAAAUGGUGAUAUGUAAAUUUAUUACUCAUGACAAUCUUUGAUUUUAUAGAGUGGAGGGUGAGGAAAGACUAAUAAAGAGUGCCGCUUUUUUGUGUCUUAAAAAUAACAAAAAAUGAGUGAGAGACAAGGGUUACCUGAAAAACUUGGAAGCUAAGCCUGUUGGAUUGGAUGGGGGCUUGCCAGUUGUCAAAGUGUGAGCGAUAAAAGUUUUGGAUUAUAUUUAAUUAAUUUUCAAUUUUGAUAUAUACCAAUCGCAAUCACAUAAUCUAUAACGGUAUAUAAUAGUCAUUGGUCGAGGAAGAUCAUCACGAUGGCACAAAGAAUCCCCUCAUGGCCGCAAUCGAGAACAAGAGCGUCGACAAUCCUAACCUCGCCGUCAAGUAAUUAAUACAAUCUUUAUUAAUCCUUUUCUAAGACUUCUUUUUCCUUUUUGAGGGGAUUGGCUUCUAAUCACGAGCAAAGAGAGUCUUAAGUUUACUUAAACCUAAGGAAAAGGACAAAAAGAAGGAAAAAAUGGUGAUAUCUCAAUUUCUUCCUCAUGAUUUUUUUUAUUAACUAGGAACCUCAGCCUCAUGUGUCACUUUGUGACAGCGGGGCCUACUAAACCUGGGGGCCAUCUGCAAUCAAUUCGACGCCAAUAGAGUUUCGCCACCAGCAGCUUCAUACAUUCGGGAACACCUACGAGCCUCUCUUUGAUCGAACCUGGCAUCUGCAACUCCCAAUUUUUCAUUGUCGCGGAAGCUUACCAUUAGCUAUCUUACCUUUGGUCAACUUCUUGUUCAUGAUAAUCUUUGAUUUGAUGGAGUGGAGGGUGAGAAAAGACUAAUAAGAGUGCUCGUUUUUCGAUCCCGAAAACAACAAGAGAUGAGUGAGAGACAAGGGUUAUCCAAGACUUGGAAGCUAAGCUUGCUCGAAUGGACGGGGGCUUGCCCGCUUUCAAAGUGUGAGCAAAUACCAGAAGUUGUGGAUUUUAUGAAAUUAGUUGACAAUUUUGGUAUAUUCCAAUCUUAAUCUCAUAAUCUGAAAUGCUGAAUAACAUCCCAAAAUUCGAUAUUCGGUGAUACCAACUAAUGAGUAAUAAAUUCGACCGAUAAUAUCUCAAAUAACGAUACCAAACUUCCAACCUAAGUAAUCAUCAAUCCCUUCUACUAUCUACUCUAUUCGCCAGUUGAGCACAUAAAACCAUGUGACAACAUUUUUUUUCAUAUUUGUACAACUCUCUUAAAUCUUGUAUGUAGAUGUGUUUCGAUCCGACUAACGGUACUACGGUCAAUAACAAUAUUAGGAAAGUAAAAGACUUAAUAAAGAAUACAGUAAACAUGCAAAUUCAAGGAAGCAUGAAAAAUACACUAGAAUAUCAAAUUAAUUAUCUGCAUUCACUUGAAGCCUCACCCUUAAUUUCGCAUCCGAUCUUUCAUCUCUACUUGUCUUUAUUUUCCAUCUAUUUUCUUACGUACCCUCUUAUCUUCCUCCAAAAUUGAAUUUAAUCUUCUUCCCUUCCACGCCAGAGCACAUUUUCGAAGAGGUUAGGGCCCUGCAUGCAGCUUCAACAUUCUUUUUCUAUCUUGAUCUAACUACCAAUCUCCUUAAGAGCAACCAAAAACAAUUUCAAACAUAAUUUUUUACGUCAAUAAAAGUUACGUUAAUUUUAUUUCUUGAUGAGAAAUAAGGAAGGACAACCGCCGUCACUAUCUCCAACUGCCACUUCACCCGCCACAACGACGUCAUGUUGUUCGGGGCCAGCGACGAGGAGACACAGGACAAGAUCAUGCAGGUCACCCUGGCAUUCAACCAUUUUGGUCGCGCGGCUUGGUUCAGCGGAUGCCACGCCUGCGGUUUGGGUUCGCCCAUGUGGUCAACAAUGAUUACACCCACUGGGAAAUGUACGCCGUGGGUGGGAGUUCCAACCCGACCAUUCUGAGCCAGGGGAAUCGGUUCAUUGCCCCGCCCAAUCCGGCUUCCAAAGAGGUGACCAAGAGGGAGUACGCUGACGAGAGUGUUUGGAAGUCGUGGAACUGGAGAUCAGAGGAGGAUUUAUUGUUGAACGGGGCGAUUUUCGUCCAAUCUGUUGGACCCAUCACUAGGUUGGACCAAAACACUGUGAUCACGGCUAAGCAGGGCUCAUUUGUGAGUCGUUUGACCCGAAGUGCCGGUUCGCUCGACUGCUCUAUGAAUAGGCCCUUUUAACUGUUAAAAAUUGAAUUUUCAAGGUACGCGUUGAGCUCUCUCUCAUAAUCAGAAAUUUGGUCUGACAUAGGAAAGAAUCAUCAGAAACCGAAGCCCUGUUUCUGAAGGCAGAAGAAAAAACAGAGAUUUCUUUAGCUGACGUGACGCAUUAGGGAUUUUGUUUUAGUUUCUUUGGGAGAGCUUUGGGCAAGGGUGUUCAAACGGAUUGGUUACCGUGGUAACCAUAUUAAUCGGUAGCAUUCGGUUAAUUUGGUUUGGUUAAUUUGGAUAAUUGGUUUGUUUUGGUUAAAUAAUUUAGCUUAUUUGGUUUAGGUGGUUUGGUUUCAACACUGCUAACCAAUAAAACCAAUUAACCAAUUAAUGAUACACGUAAUAUAUAAAAUUAUUUAAACUUCCAUGCAACCAACCAAACCAAACUUUCGUGAUUACCUAUUUUAUUUCCAUGUUCACAACAAACCAAAACAUUAUGGGUCAAAAAUUAAAUGGGUCUGUCUAUUUUCUAAACCAAACAUUUUGGACAGCUACUAGACUUUAGGAUUACGUACAAUACCAUGACAACCACCUCAAACUAUGUAUAGUUUAAGUAUUUUGUAGGAGAGCUUUAACUUACUAAUGAGUGGUAUUGAUAUGUAUUUAAUAUUUAUGUUAUGGGUUUGUUGUAAGCUAACUAUAUUAGGUGCAGAGAUGAUGAAUUAACUUGAAUGAUGAUGGUAAUCUUGGAUGGUUAGUCUUAUUAUUAUUGCUUAUAUAUAAUGAUACUUUAGGAUAGUAAUAACAUAUGGUUAUAUUUUAUUCAUUAACAGGAAAAUUGUUUUCAUGUAAUGUUAUGUUAUUUGGUUAAUCCGAUUAUCCGAUUAACCAAACCAAUUAAACUUUGGUUUGGUUAAUUUGGUUUUCGUGUUAAUUUGGACGGUUUGGUUAAGAAAUUUUAUUCCAUGGUUAAUAAAAUUUAAGCUUAAUUGGUUUGGUUAUGACCACGGUAACCAUUUGAACACCCCUAGCUUUGGGUGGGGCUGUUCAUUUUUCCCCAAUUUUCACUGUUAUUCUUAGGUUCGGACCUUUUGGUCUUCAUGAGACCUCUAGCCUUAGCAACUUAGUGAACUGUGCGAAAACCUUUCAACUCCCAAGUAAGCUUUUGUUUUCAUAAUAUGUACACGUUCACGGAUAUUGUUAUUGCUUUUAGUUAUUUACAAACCAUUUGUAUUUGGACACCUGUCUUGUUUACCGUUGUGGAACAUUAAUUCUGGAAGUAGUAUGGGAACGGCUACGGUGCUAAUUGUACAAUAGUUAGCACCGUCCUAACCAAGGGAAAAACUACUACUAGUUUAAAUUAGUAGUGAUUUAGCUUAGAUGUUGUAUUGAUUUUAUAAUAAUCCGUAGUGAUUUCGUUAUUUUUAGUAGCGUUUUUUGCUAGUUAUCACGGUGCUAACCCCUAUAAGGGUUAGCACCUAAUCCCAUCCCAAGUAGUAUAAAUAGACAGAGCUGUCCAAUCUGGGGUAGCAGUCGGUCGGUUUCAGUUUAACCGAAAACUUCGGUUUUUGGUUAAACCGAACCUUCCUCCAUGUCUGCCGACCACCGACCGUGAGAGAAGUCGCGGUUAGCCGACCACUGACCGACGGGUUUUCGGUUUUGGUUCGGUUAUACCGCAACAACCAAAUUUAUUUAAAAAAAAAAGGAAAGGAAGAAAAAAACCCAAUACCCACCCCUGGCCCCACCCACGUUACUUCUCUGCUUCUUCACUCCUCUCCCAAUACCCACCCCACCCGCCUCUUCUUCUUCUCUCCUCUCCCUACCACUAAAUUCUUAUCUUCUUCCUCCUUCUCUCUCCUUCUCUCUCCUGCCUUCCUCCAAAAAGAACCACCAGAGGGCAGAGACCAACCUUUUUCUUCCUUCCUUCAUUGCAGAUUUAGACACCAUGGCGGCCGGUCGCGGAGGAGAAGUAGAGGCACACCAGCGGCCACGGAGGAGAGCGAAAGGAGACAUCCCCGACGCAGGGAGAGGCGAAAAUGUAGAGGGAAGGGAUGGCGAUGGGAGACGCACGGAUGCCUGGGGUCGUCGAGGAUGGGAGAUGGCGAUGUCGGAGAGGAAUCGGCGAGGAGAAACGAUGCUAUCUCUGACUCUGGCUCGCGGUGCCCGGUCGUCGAGGAGGGUGGGGAGGGGAGACAAAGUCAUCGAGGAGGGUGGCUGGGAUUUGGAUGACGGAGGGCUGGGAUUUGAGUACGAAGAAGAAAGAAUUAGGGUUGGGGUCAAUGUUGUUAGAACCGAACCGGAGCAUGACCCGGUAAUGCGAACGGCUCGCACUUUAGUGGUCCAACCGGCAUUAGACCGUUUAAAAACCGUUAGAGAACCGGUACCUAAUAAACAUUAUCAGUAUAAAUAGUGGACAUUUCUUAAUCAGAGCUCAUCUCUUUCCUUCGAAAUUGUGAAAUGGAAAUAAGGAUUCAAUUUGAGAUCCCGACUUUUUUGGUUUAUUUCAAUUUUCAAUUUUCUACAAUUUUUUUAAUUAAAUUCAGUGGCUGAAUGACAAAACCCGGACGAGCGGCUUGAUCGGCUCGAACGGCUAACCGCCUCGGCCGCUCGCCAACCGCUACAUAAAACCGGAGCGGCUUUUAGACUGUUCCGAGCCGAUUUUGUGAUCGGGUGGCGGUUUUACCGGUCGGGCCGAGCGGCUCGGCUCGACUUUAAUAACACUAGUUGGAGUUUUAUUAAAAGGAUGGUUGGUCGGUUAUGUUCGGUUAGUCGGGUAACCGCGGUUAAUCAUCCUCGGUUACUCGGCUAGCCGAAAACCAGCUUUAUUCUACCGAACACCGACCGAGGCAAAUAACCGUCGGUUUUCGGUUAGCUACUAACCGGCGGUUAUCGAUUGAACCGGCCAGUUAGCCGCUAACCGGAAACCGAACUGCCACCCCUAGUCCUAUCUAUCAAGAUGAGGAUUCACUUGAUCUUUCCUCCAUUUCCAUCUUCUUCCUUACUCUUGAAACCUAAAAUAUAAAUGGUAUCAGAGCCGCAAAACCUCUAAGCAACUAUGGCCAAUCCCAAUACCCUUCCUCGUGGAGGAAAUGCAAGUGCGAUUCUGCAAUUUGGAAGCUAUGGAGACAACAAAAAUUUCCAAUCUUGCACCAAAUUCAACAAUGUCAUCAACACCGACAAUGGCAACGCUUGAGGUCUGAAAGGUCCAGUAUUUGGUAACCCUUUCUAUAUCAACCCAAACAAAAAUCUUUACUAUAGUUUUGGAUGGUCCAAAUUAUAAUAUGUGGUCUAAAGUGGUAAGGAUUGUUCUUAAGACGAAGCAUAAGCUGGGUUUUAUAAAUGGUUUAAUUUCGA